CCGCCGGAGGGGAGCGAAGCGAAGCCGAGCGGGUCCGCCGGGCCGCGCCAUGGCGCCCUCCUUCCGGCCCGGCAAGGGCCGCCCGCCGCGGGGGGACGAGGACUGCGCGGAGCCCAGGGCCGACAGGAAGACGAGGAAGCCGCUGGUGGAAAAGAAGCGCCGGGCGCGGAUCAACGAGAGCCUGCAGGAGCUGCGGCUGCUGCUGGCCGACAGCGAGUUUCAGGCGAAGCUGGAGAACGCGGAGGUGCUGGAGCUGACGGUGCGGCGGGUGCAGGCCGUGCUGGAGCGCCGCUCCCUCGGUGAGUGCCGGCGGGGCGGUGGCGGCGGGGGGCCGGCCCGGCCCGCGCCUCACCCCGCUCCCCUCUCUGUCUCCCGCGGCGCAGAGGGCGGGCGGCUGCACCGCGAAGCCAGCGAGCGCUUCGCCGCCGGCUACAUCCAGUGCAUGCACGAGGUGCACACCUUCGUCUCCAGCUGCCCCGGCAUCGACGCCACCACGGCCGCCGAGCUGCUCAACCAUCUGCUGGAGUCCAUGCCCCUCAACGAGGGCAGCUUCCCGGACUUGAUCGCGGACGUUUUGGCAGAUCCGUCCCUCGGCCCCUGGCCCGGCGGCGAGGCGUUGUCCCCAGCGGCCGAGGCCUCCCUGGGCCUCACUCUCCCUGCCUCAGCACCCUCGCCCUCCCCCAGCGAAGAGACCUGCUCCGACUCGGACGAGGCGGAGGCCGAGCCGGGCCAGACCUCCACUGACGGACUGGACGUGUCCCAGACGCAGGGCCUGCCUUCGCCUAGCUUACCCAAAUCGAUGUGGAGACCCUGGUAACAGAGGAGCACGCGGGAGUCAACGCAGACCUACCUAUAGCAGGGAGAGCAGCCGGCCCCACGCUCCUCCAAGCGGCACAGGGGACCGCCAGCAUGCGUGCAGCUGGCAUCGCUGCGUUCCGGGAAUGCAUCAAUGGCACUCUUAAGCUGUCACGCCCUGACAGGCUAAUAGCUAAACAUGUUAACAUUUCAUCCCUGUGUAUGUGCGUGUGUGUGUGUGUGGCAUUUUGUAACUUUAGGGGUUGUUUUUAUGAGAGGUUGGGGAGGGGAUGGGGGGAAGGAGGGAGUUCGCUUGUAGUAGCAAAGCUCUUUGGUGGACACACAGCAGUUAUUUUAUAACCCUGUCUCUUUCUCUUGGCCCUUAUAAGUGGCCCAAACAUCACUACCUUUUUCUCUUUAAGAAAAAGCCCUUGUGCUUUUUAAAUCAUGGCAGUUAACUCCAUGAGAAGCUCAGAUAAGCCUGCAUGCGCGGUUUUAAGUGUUCUAGCGAUAGCAAAGAUCCCUGAAAGGGGUUGGUGUGGUUAGCAUCUCUACUCGGUAGCAGUCUAGCAUCUCGCCUUCAGUGAAGGAAGAGAAAACUAGAAACCUGUUUGAAUUAGACGAACAUUAAAAGAUAUUGGUGGCAGGGUGCCUUUUAGAAAUGAGUGUCUUUAUGCACAUUUUGCUUUUAGCACAUUUGAGUUUAUUGAGACUUUAUGUAUAUUAGGGUGUCAAAUGUUUUUUUUAUUUUUAAUCUUUAAUAAAUACUGAAUUCACAACUGAUUGCACGUGUUAGAGUGUGAUGCACUUCUAAUUGGUUUAAAAAUUAAAAAUACAGUUCCCUGUUCAGAAAAGCAUCUAUCUGUUGUGGAAACAAUGCUGGUAAUUAAGCACUUACUUGUACUAAGCAUUGUUUAGCUCAAGUAUUGGCAUUCAACUAUUUCUUCUAUUUAAUACUAGAAGACACUUAAUUUCUUGCAGCAGGCAAGGUCAUACUGGUGAUCUUAGGCCACAGAUUUCUGGGUUAGACUAGCUGGAUGCCAGUCUCAAACCUAUGCUACUCGAUCUCCCAUCUGAAGGUGUUGCUCAUACAGCUCCAGUCCUGACUUCAGAAGUACCAGGCAAAUCCUGUCCUGGAGCAUGACUUCACAGGGGGGGUGAGUUUGGUUUAGUUGUUUGGAGUGGUUUGUUUGGGGGUUGUUUGGGGUUUUUUGGGGUUGGUUUUUUUUUUUUCCCUCUCUUGAAUGCAAAGUUGAAGAGUAUGCAAUGGAUUUAGAAACUAUUCUUUAAAAAAAAAAAAGUUUCUAGGGGGCUGGGGGGGAACCUCAGCAUUAUUGUACAUGAGGUUUGACACCUCCCCUGUUCCUACUUUUGAGAGAUGCCAGGUUAUUUAUGCUGUGAUAAUACCUUUCAGAGAGCUGCCAUUGUAAAGAGAAAAACAAAACAACAAUUGUAAAGUUGCUUAAUACAUGGAAGUUCCCAAACAUAGAACAAGCAAGAAAGGAAACAACCUAACUACCAAGGGACUAGACAUGUAACUUUCUUUUGUUAACAACCUUAUGAAAUAAUAAAAAUGGAAACUAAGAUACUGG